AUGGCGAGCAUCGAGGACGUGGCGGAGAAGGGCGGCGAGCGGUAUACGGUUAACGGUAUUCCCCGGACGACGUCGAAGAAGAAACGGAGAAAAAGCGGGGAACCAGACCGGGUAGCAGAUUGGCUUGACAGCAGACAGGAAGUGCAUACGCUGCCGGUGAUGCAGGAUCCCGCGAGAGACCGCAGACUCCGGGCCGGGAAAGCUGGAAGUUCAGCUUCGGCUUAUUACUUGAAAAUCGCGAAGUUGGCCGUGAAGCGACGUAGGCAUCGGCAACGCGGUGCAGCUUACACGGGGAGGGCUUGCCAAGACGACGAACGUUGUCGUCGACGUUGA